AUGACAAGAGUCCCAACCUCAAGGGGACUUCAUAGAGAAGAUAUCAAUUCAAAAUGUAAAAGGAAACCACCAGACAGCCUCAUCUUCAAAAGGGCUAGGAGGAAGCAACAAAUUCUCCCAAGAGAAACUAACAACCCCGAAAUGACAUCUCUAGGCGUAAAAGACUCUAAGAGAAGAAGCCGAAAAUCUGAAACCGAAGUAAAUCGGAAGCGCCUCCAACAGGAGGAUAACCUCUCUCGGAAGAAGUUGUCGCCAACCCAAAAAAUUCUAAAGCCCGAGGACUGGAGUAGCAGGCAGAAAUUUCAAGGGAAUCAAUCGGAAGGAAGCCAGACUCUGAAAAAAACUCAUUCCCAGCCUCGAAAAGGAACCAACAGCAACAAGAAAAUUAGAAAGGAACUACUAGGAAAGAAUCUGAACGACAUUAUUACGCCGGGCCUCCCGAAAGGACUAAGCAGAGGUCAAAACCGUAGAAUAAAAACAGAACACUUAAACACAGGACACAGCAAAAUAACUCUCCAAGAAUCCAAAAAGAAAAAAGAAAGAAAAAAAAGCCCACACGAAGUUAACCCAGGAAGCAGAACAGGAACCAAGAAGUCAAAAAAGUCAAGGAAAAAAUUAAGAAGCGGGGUUGAUAAAUCACAACAGAACCGGCAGGCACUAAAUCCAAAUGAGAGACUAGAUAAUACCCAUGCUACCGGGAAAAUCCUCGAAAAAGGCCUAACCAAAGGAGAGAAUAGAAGGAACCAAGAAAACAAUCAUCCAGAAUCUUGGGAAGAAGAUUUGAAAAAAGUGACUAGACCUAAACAGGAAGGCAAAAAGAAGCCAGAGAAUGAAAUACUCAGAAGGAACCGAGAAGCAUUAGUAGAAAAUAAUAGGGACAACACCUCGGCCACAACCCCACCGAACGCGACUAUGGUAUUCCUAAAAGGAAAAUCUGGAAAAAACCUAAAGCCACCAAAUGACACAAGGUGA